AUUGAUGGAACUCUAGUACAUAAAGACAAUCUUCGAAGAGAGAGGCGAAGAUAAAGAUGUGGAGGAAGAGGAAGUCGUUGAAGAAGACGCAGAAGAAAUCUUAGAAGACAAAGAAUACUGGAAUACAAAUGUGAAUUUAUUUUCACGGAAAAUGAACUAAAUAAGUGGAGGGCCUAUGGAGUUGCCUGAAUAAAGCGGCUGUGGGUGCACAUGUUCGAAAAGAGCAUAGUGAUAUUGGCGAGCCAGUCGCUGCGUCUGUCAUUAAAGAAUAUCGAGAAGAUGUUUGUGAGAAAUCAGGAUAUGCCAAGUGACCCGGAGAUGCAACACAUAAAUACAUGUUUGACGACUAAGUCGUGUGGUUUUCAAAUUGAUUUUAAAAAUACGUUCUACAACAAAUUGAGAGAAAACAUUUCGAAAUAUCCCUUGGCGAAGUCAGUUUUAUGAAACAAUUACAUUACAUAAAUUCAGAAAAGCAAAAGGUAGAAAUCGUGCGCAAUAUCACAAAAUAAUUGCAAAAUUUUAGCGGUUAAGUCGCAACGCUGACGAAACAUGUAAACUAAUAAAGAGGACUUUGAACCAAAAAAGAAAAAAAUUAAAAUUAAAAAACCGAAGGAAUUUUAAAGCGUUUGCGACGCCACAUUCAGCUAGUUAUUGAUUAUUACACUACAAUGGUAUCCUGGAUUUUGGUGAAGCUGUUCUUUUGUCUGCAAAUUGGGAAUUUUAUGAUGUCCAAAAAUUUGUGCAGAAGAUAUGUGAAAAGUACAUCAAAAUAUUAAUGAAUUUUAUGUGUAUCACAAUCAUUUGUGUGCCAUAGAGUCAUUAGUUGAACUUUUCUUUCUUUUAUUUUAAAUAAUAUUUUUGCAUUAAAAUGUAUAUGCCUUUGAUAUCUGGUUCUUGAUUAUCCGAUUAGAAGCUUCAAUUUCAAAAAUUGAAGAUCCCUUAUAGGUUACCUUGCCCAAGGUAAUCAGCUGUCGUACAUUUUAAUCCUGGAAAAAUCUCAAAGCUGGCGCCAAAGCAAGGUCACCAACAUGGAAACACGAUACCACAGAUCGCGAGAGUUGGUUGCUGGCACUGUACCACCAUCGGGCGUUGCACUUGUGACAGAUGAAUGUGUUUCGUCAGUGUUUACUGUAAAGGUUAAGAGCAGUUAAGAGAUAUUAAAAAAAUAUCUAGUUAGUAUUCACUGUAUUGAUAAUAGCUCUUGCGCGAAGAAAAUAUUCGUACAUCUCCAUUUGCUUUUAAAAUGGAUGCAGGAAAAUCAACUCUAAAAGAAAAUGAGGGUAAAGAAUCAGGGGUAACUUUCAAGUUCAAACCGAAGAAAAGGAAGAUGUUGCGACAGCGCGAAUCUACCCCAGACGAUGAAAAUGAUCCGGAGGAUGAAGUUAACAUCAGUGUUACCCUGGAGGAAAUGAAAACUGCCCAGAAGCUUCGUCGCCGUCAGAAUGGUGUUAGCAUUGUGAGUUUGGCUCUUGGCAAGAAAGUCGCUGCAGAGGAUGAAACAUUAGUAAAUGACCCUUUUAAAGUAAAAACAGGAGGCAUGAUUGACAUGAAUGCUUUAAAGAGUGGUAAAGUAAAACGUGUUGAUGAUGCUUACGACACUGGUAUAGGAACACAAUUCUCUGCUGAAACCAACAAGAGAGAUGAGGAUGAAGAAAUGAUGAAGUAUAUUGAGGAGGAGUUGUCAAAAAGAAAAGGUCAACUGAAACAAGAGGAAGAAGCUAAGAAAAAUGAGGCCAACAAAUAUUGUUCCCCUGAAGAAGCUGCUUUGCAAGCAGUUCCGGAGCAUCUAAGAGCAUCAUCAACUCAUCGUUCAGAAGAAAUGCUCUCCAAUCAGAUGCUGAGUGGGAUACCUGAAGUUGACUUAGGAAUAGAUGCAAAAAUCCGUAAUAUUGAAGCUACUGAAGAGGCUAAACUCAAACUGUUGUGGGAAAGACGUAGUAAAAAGGAUGCACCAUCUCAAUUUGUUCCAACAAACAUGGCUGUCAAUUUUGUACAACACAAUAGAUUUAAUAUUGAAGAUCCGGAACCUCCAAAAUGCAAAGAUAAAAAUAAUACUCACAGAAAAACAGCAAGUGCAGCAUUUGUUGGCCCUAGUAAUGAUAAUAAGUCUAAAUGGUCUCGUGAAAAUGGAGAGAAAGCAACUGAUGACUACCAUUAUGAAAGAUUCAAGAAACAAUUUAGAAGAUACUAAAUGAAACCAUAAUGUUUUCAAUAUCCAUUGCAUUAACUAUUGUUUUGUGACAGCAGAGACUAAUAGACAUUUUUUGACACUUGUGAAGUGUUUUAAUUGAAUUUGAACUCUAUUAUUUGCAGUAAAUGCAUGCUAAAAUUAGGAGGAAAUAUUUUUUUGUACAAAGAAUUGAUGUAGCAUAGGAAUUUAAAUGAAAAAGUAUAAAAAAUGUCUGAUAUAUUUAGACGUGGAGACAUUCCACAUCAGCUGUUCCUAUGAAAAUAAAUGGAAAUAUGCAUUCAUAAGGAACGGUUGGUUCUGAAUUUGAAUAUUCAUUCCUUAGUUUUACCAACUGUAAAUCGGUGUUAAAAUCACUUCAAAUAUUAUAUAUUGUGUUCAGUUUCAUAUAAAAAAUCAUUAAGAAAUUGCCGUUGUUGAGACCAGUAUAUCCCAAGUUGGGAGUAACAUCAAUAGGUUAUGAAUUUUAUUCUCUGUGUAUUUUUGGGAAAGCUGUAUACUAUCCAUGUGUACUUAUGCCUUUAGUUUUUAGUGUCAGGCCUCAAAAAUAUGAAACUGGGAAGAAAUUUCCAAUCACUUCUACUAAUUAAAUGGAUUGGACUAUUGUUACUAUUUUCAACUUAGAACCUAUUGAAAGUUUAGACCAUUUUCUAAAAUGUUUUUAUAUUCUAAAAAUAUUCAUCUUUUAAUGACCAAAUUAUAUGAUAAAAUUAUCAAAAUUGUUUUAAUGUCUCCGUGGUCUUCUUGUUUUGUUUUGUUUGUUUGUUUUUUUGCCACUUUAAGUGGUUGGUGUUUUCCAUACAUGUUGCUUAGUCUUUGGAUUUUUUUGUACUCAAGUACUAGAUAAAUUUAAUUUUGAAUUUUUGGUGUUACUUAUUUUAGGUGGCUUUUGUUCUAUUAUGAUUCUAUCGAUUGAGUCCCUUUUACCUUUAUAUUUUGAAUUUUUCCUUUACAAAACCUUUCCAUAAAUAUCAUAAACAUGUAGCCAGCUAAUAUCUGCUGGCAAUUCGGUUGUUAAGUAUCUUACAUGAAUCUCUUAAUGUUAGAAUUUAAUGUAAAUAUUGUAAAUACAGUUUUUAUUGAAGUAGUUUAAUAUUUGAGAUAGUGUUAGGUGGUUGUUUUGUGUUUUCAUAUUUUUUGAGUGAUUGUAUAAAAAUCGUAAAUUUUGGUAACUUCACAAAGCUUUUAGUUUUGUGUUUUUUAUUGUAUUGGUUUCCAUACUAAAUCAUUGUUAACAUAACACAUGAAGUCUGUGAAUCAGCAGACAAAAUAUCAGGCAUAUCCCUCUUUUUUCAUUGUUAAAAUAAUUGACUUGUUGAAUCAAUAAUAAAAAGUUUGGAAGAAAUGUAAUGCUGUUAUCUUGUUAUCUAAAAGAAAUAUUUCCAUUAAUUGCC